AUGAGUGUGCCGGGUGUGGUUAUAUCGAUGGCCGCCUCUCUGUUGAUUUCUCCUGACACUUCCCCUCUUCCCCCUCACCAACCCCCUCCCCCAGUGGCCGCCUCUCUGUUGAUUUCUCCUGCCGCACAGCACCUGCUAAGUCCCGCCCCGGCUUCUCGUGGUGGCCCAGGCGGGGUGGGGGGGGAGGAGGAAGGGAUGGGGAUGAUGAUGAUGAUUAGGUACGAGGGAUGGACGGUGGCACAGCAAGGAAGGCACUGGCUCACGUGUCACGUUCUGGUGGUGUGA